UAGUAUUUAUCAUCCACUAGAAGAUUCCAUAUGGUGAAUUCAACAACACCCGCCUCACAGUCCGCCCAAUGGAUCAAUCAGCUACUCAAGGACUUCGGGGCACACCAGCCACUCCCUAUCGUGUUAUUUACCGACAGCAUAAACGCCAAAAUCAACGUCCUGAACCCCCUCAACGCAGCCCGCACUCGCUGCAUCGAUAUACGAUAUGAAUGCAUCAUUAACAAGGUCAAGAAAGGCAUGAUUAACGUGGUCCACGUCCCCGGGGCCGUGAACGGAACUUCUCGCACACACACUCAACACCAAAGCGGCAUGAAGCGCACCGAGUGUCUGCCGCUGCCAAAGGCUGGGCCAAGAGGUAGGCGACAAGGUCGUCAUAACCAGCCGCUGAGGCCAAGUACAGCGCCGUGCGGCCAUGGCUGUCCAAGGUGCCAGCACUGAUUCCUUCGGGAAUUAAGCGCUGUACAUCUGCCUUGGCAACGCCUUGGCACCCGCUUGCGCAGCUUCGUGUAGCCCAGGCAUGCCUGGAUUCUCGACAUAG